AUGACCCAGGCUCGUCCAUCAAGCGCUUGGACGUCCGUGGUUCCUCGGCUGGCGGUGGUAUCUGCCGUGAUACUCCCGAUUGCCUUCGUUCCGUAUCUGCUUGUCCGACGACAAUUACACGCUUUGCAUCGGUCAGCAGAGAAUAUAAACUCUACCUUCCAGGCUGUCCAACGAGAUUCGGCGAGUAUCGCUAUCGAAACGACCCGAUUGCGGCAGGCGGAACAACUGCAGACCAGGACGUUACUACGCCAGAUCCAAUGGGAUGUGGAUCACUUGCGCCAGGAUUUGGCCGCUCUUCAGAGAUCGCAGAGUGCCUCUGAAGACGAUCUGCGUCGUUUGCGGGAAGAAGCCGAUGCAGAGAAACAGCGUGCUCGCUCGCAAUUGACGACAUUGAAUGAGCUCGGCUUGUCUCUAGCAGACAUAGCAGCCUUCUUGCAGGAGAUAGAAGUUAAAGGCGGUUUCACCAGUAAGGACCGUGAUCCCCAAUGGAUUGAGCGUUUGCGAGGAAUCGCGAUGGAGCUUAACCAGAAGCUGCGAGGAAGCAAAUAA